AUGAAACCAGAAACUCAGCCAAGAUUUUUCCAAGCACGAGUGGUACCGUACGCCAUCAGACCCAAAGUGGAAGAAGAAAUUGAGCGUCUGCUGAAACAAGGUAUAAUUUCACCUGUUCGUUUCAGUGAAUGGGCAACCCCGAUAGUGCCGGUAAUCAAAAAAGGUGGCAAUGUUAGGAUAUGUGGUGACUUUAAGAUAACUGUGAACCCAGCACUUUGUGCAGAACAUUACCCACUACCCCAAAUAGAAGAUUUAUUUGCUUCACUGGCUGGGGGACAGAGAUUCAGUAAGCUAGAUCUUUCGCAUGCUUAUCUGCAGAUUCCUGUACAUGAGGAUUCACGCAAAUAUCUUACAAUCACUACUCACAAAGGAAUGUUCAUUUACAACAGAUUACCCUUUGGUAUCACCUCAGCUCCAUCGAUAUUCCAACGAGUAAUGGAACAAGUGCUGCAGGGACUACCGUCGGUUCACUGUUUCCUGGACGAUAUCUUGAUCACAGGAAAAGACGAUGCUCAUCAUUUGGAAAACCUAGAGGCUGUUUUAAGUCGGCUGGAGAAAUGUGGACUUCGUGUUAAACGAGAGAAAAGUGAGUUUUUCAAAAGUUCACUAGAGUAUUUGGGACAUGUUAUCGAUGCAUCAGGGCUUCACAAAUCUCCAGACAAACUGCGUGCUAUUGAGGAAGCACCAGCCCCUGUGAACGUUAGCCAACUCCGAUCAUUUUUGGGAUUGGUUAAUUAUUACGCAAGAUUUGUACCCAACCUCGCUACAAUUCUCCAUCCCUUAAAUGCAAUGCUACAGAAAGAGGUAAAAUGGAAAUGGUCUCUGGAGUGUGAGAAAGCAUUCCAGGAGGCUAAGGCUCAACUGUUAACACCUAGUGUACUCACACACUAUGAUUCAAGACUACCAGUUCGCCUGGCUUGUGAUGCUUCGCCCUAUGGGGUGGGAGCAGUACUUUCACACAUGAUGCCGGAUGGACAGGAAAGGCCUAUAGCUUUCGCGUCUCGAACCCUGAGUAAAUCUGAGCAAAAUUAUGCACAACUAGAGCGCGAAGCACUGGGACUAAUUUUUGGAGUAAGAAAGUUUCACACUUAUCUAUAUGGACGUCAUUUUACAUUAUUAACAGAUCAUCGUCCACUAACCACCAUACUCCAUCCCAGCAAAGCAACACCAACUAUGGCUGCUGCAAGACUUCAAAGGUGGGCUCUUCUAUUGGCUGCACAUAACUACACAAUUCAGUAUAAGAGUGCCAAUGACCACGGAAAUGCUGAUGGUUUAUCUCGAUUACCACUACCAGUAGAGCACAAGGACAAGAAAGAUGCUGUGGAAAUUUACCUCAUCAAAAAGAUGGAUACACUUCCCGUGUGCAGUAGUGACAUCAGGAAAGAAACCAGAGCAGAUCCGAUUCUCUGUCGUGUAAAAGAGAUGGUGUCCACAGGAUUAUUUCCACCUACAAAAGACUCAGAAACUGUACUAAAACCAUACCUCAUGAGAAAAGAAGAACUCUCAUUGAUGCAGGACUGUCUGAUGUGGGGACAACGAGUUAUUGUUCCAUCGAACCUAAGACAACGAGUUUUAGAGGAUUUACACACAGGACAUCCAGGUGUUGUGAAAAUGAAGGCUUUAGCACGUAGCUACAUCUGGUGGCCAAACAUUGAUUCACAAAUUGAGGAAAAAUCAAAGACUUGUUUAUCCUGUCAACAAAAUCAAAAAGCUCCAUGUCUUUCACCGCUACAUCCCUGGUCAUGGCCAGAAGCUCCAUGGCAGCGGAUCCAUAUCGAUUUCGCAGGACCAUUCGAAGGACGAAUGUUUCUAGUUAUCGUUGAUGCACAUUCAAAAUGGCCAGAAGUUCAUGUGAUGGAUUCAACAACCUCAUCUAAGACUAUCCAAGUUCUGCGUGGUGUUUUCAGUCGUUACGGGAUACCAGAGACCCUAGUAAGCGACAACGGCCCACAAUUUACAUCGGAGGAAUUUGCAUCUUUCCUCAAAGCAAACGGUGUACGACAUGUGCGCUCUGCACCAUUCCACCCAGCCACAAAUGGUCUGGCUGAACGUUUUGUACAGACUUUUAAACAUUCCCUGAGGUCAUCCAAAGAGCCAAUUCCAUUGCAACAGAGACUGGACUCUUUCUUGUUACAGUACAGAAAUACACCACAUAGCACGACGAAAGAAACACCUGCAAUGUUAUUCUUACAUCGCAGAUAUAGGACACGCCUGGAUUUACUGAAACCAAGUGUGAAAGAGACUGUGGAGCAGGCACAAAAUGUUCAGUGUUCUUACCGUUCCCUCCAUGCAAAACACAGAGACUUUCACGUUGGCGAUUCAGUGCUGGUUAGAGAUUAUCGACGGGGAGAGGAGAAGUGGAAAACUGGUACUGUGUCUUCUCAAUCAGGACCAGUGUCAUACACGGUCCAGGUAGACAAUUCUCAGAGCUGGAAAAGACAUGCAGAUCAAAUGUUAGACUGUCAUCCAGAAAUCACAAAAAGCACAGAAACACUUCCAGCAGAAAACAAUGUGUCACAAACAUUUGAUGAUAAGGGACAAGAACUAUCUUUAACAUCUCAUGAAACUGAAACCAAUGUUCCAGAUCAGCAUGUAACCAAUCUUACAGAAACAUCUAUUACUGAUUCACAAAAUGUUCGAAGAUUUCCUGUUAGGAACCGUAAAGCACCUAACCGACUUGAUUUGUAAAGUGUUUACAUGUGGUAUAACCAGUUAAAGUGUUUUACAUUUGAGAUACCCAGUUAAGAAAGUGUUUACAUGAAAAUAAGUGGAAUAUUACCUAAUGGUGUUACGGUAACUAAUGGUUGCCAACUAACUGUUAUUUUCUAAGUUGAAGUGUUGUUAUAAGGUAAACAAAGAAUAUGUGAGAGAGUGAUUUAAGAAGGGAGGAGAUGUGAUGUAUUGGAGUUAAUGUUAUAACACUUGAUGGUCACUAGAGGGCACUCCCGUGCUGUAUGUUAUUGUUGUGCAGUGUGCCGAGUAAAUGCUUCCAAACAAGUGCAGUCGAGUCUCCGGUUCCUUCACGUGUAUGCUCUGAAAUGAAACAGAUAAUAUGUGUUAUCAUCACAGCAUAUUGAUGCAAACAUAACACAUUACAUAUAAAAAACAUAAAUGAAAGCCUUCAGUAAAUGUUUCUUCACUGUGACUUGACAAAAAACUGAGUUUUCUGAGCCAGUUAUAAAACUUUAGGCUAAUUUAUGUGCUAGCUAUCUGCUACUGUUAAACUGUCUUGAAAAACAAUGUUUGAAAAGCGUGAGUCAUUUAUUAACAAAACAAGUCACCUUAUCCAGCAUGCGGAUCCUGCUACAAUCAUUCGCAGCCGUAUUCCACAGUGUAGAAUGUUUUUAAAACCUCUUAAAGAAAUUUCACCUCAGGAUCGCGUUCCAGCAAACCUCCUGCAGACGGCCGCGCGCUCUACACCUGCGCAGUUGCCUACGCAUGUAGUCGUCUUUUUCUUUAGCGGGAGCUGAUAUCUGCUGUUGUUUCAUUCUGGUUUGCCAUUGCAUAAAUUAUAUUUGGCUAAAAUACUUGUGUUUACACAUGUUGCAAAGUUUUAGUCUACCAAUGAUAACACCUAUUAAAAAUAAACAAAUAGCAUGCUGCUUUGUGGUCAUUAUUGUGUCAUUUGAAAUAAAAGUAAAUAAAUUGCAAAGCACCACUUCAAAUAUG